AUGAAGUACGCCCUCCUCUUCGCUGCCACUGCAGCCGCUUCAUACGAUGCCUACGGCGGAUACGGUGGCGCUGAUUCCAGCUCCGCUCCCGCCCAGGUGUCGUCCUCGGCCAUUGCCUCUUCUGCUCCAGCAUACGGUGGAUACGGAUCGCAGCCUGCCCCAUCCUCGAAGGCUCCCAGCCCUGUGUCCAGCGCCACCUCCUCAAAGGCCACCCCCUGCAGCACCUCUGUAGGCCAGAACGGUUACACGACUGUCGUUCCGGGAUACGGCAAGCCUCCUGUCACUGUUACUUCUCAGUACCAGGCAAUCCCCACCUGUGUGGCUCAAGGUUAUGACAGCAAGAGCUGUGCUAAGUGGGGCGAGGACAAGUACGUUUCCACCACGCUCACUGACGCCGACAAGAAGGUAGUCACCGUCACCAAUGUAAAGGACUGUGUCACUGUCUACCAUGAGAAGAAGACAAUUACCCACUCUGCUACCCCUACUCUGGGUGGCUACGCUGCUCCUUCAUCAUACCCCAUUGGAGCAAAGAACUCCACCGGCACUUGGUACGAGCUCUAUGAGAAGAUCCACGUUGUCGAGUACGAGAACAUUGGCAAGAACGCUCUUCCUGGCUAUGGCGGCUCCGGUCUCUGCCAUGAGUGCGACAACGCUCAGCCAUACACCAUCAAAGAGUGCAAGAGUGGAAAGUGCAGCGAGGAGAAGAAGACCCUCAACUAUGGCAAGCCCAAAGAUGAGGUGAAGGUCUACGAGAAGCCUGGUGUCUACACAGUCCCCGCCAAGGUCGUGACCGUCUACCCAUCGGCUCCUACCGGCCCUGCUGGCAACGGCAACGGUCACCCUAAGGCUCCUGAGGCUGGUGUCUACACAUACGAGGCCAAGACCAUCACCAUCACCAAGCCCAACCAGCAGUACACUUGCACCUACGAGCUCCCUAAGCAGACACCCUCCAAGAGUGAGGAAUAUCCUGCCUCUGCAACCAAGACUCCUGCUCACGGCGAAGAAUACCCAGUCACCAAGACUGAGGUCCACAAUAACGGCAACGAGGCCAGCUCCACCCCCAAGGCACCCGGAAACGAGUACCCUUCAUACCCCAACGUUCCGGCCAAGUCUAACAGCACCUCUUCUGCUCACGGAAAUGGCUACGGCAGCGCCCCUUCUUCCACCCCAUGCACCGAGUCUCUAAACCCGGCUGAGUACGGCAACAUUGCUUCCUCCUCUGCGCCAGCCUACGGCAACACUGGCUCGUCUUCUGCGCCCGCAUACGGUGACAAUGGCUACGGUGCGCACUCCACCCUCGUGGUCGCUUCUUCUUCCAAGCCAGUCGAGUACGGCCAGCCAGCUUCUUCUUCGGCGACUGCCUACAACAACGGCUACGGUGGUGAGAAGCCUUCUGCUUCCGUGCCCGCCAAGGCUUCCAGCACUCCUUGUGAAUCGGAACUGAAGCAUACCUACACCCCCGCUGCGACUGCGACUCCGUACGUCCCUGUCUAUGGUAGCAACAAGCCUUCUUCCUCUGCUCCAGUCUACAACGGUGAGAAGUCUUCUUCCGCUCCAGUCUACGGCGGUAACAAGCCUUCUUCUUCUGCGCCCGCUUACGCUGGUUCCUCGUCUGCACCUGCCCAGGCAUCUAGCACUCCCUGCGAAUCUGAGUUGAAGCACUCUUCCACACCCGCAGCGACUCCUACCCCUUAUGUUCCCGUCUACGGUGGUAACAAGCCUUCCUCCUCCGCACCUGUCUACAACGGCCAGAAGUCUUCCUCCGCACCUGUGUACAGUGGCUCUUCAUCUGCCCCCGCAAAGGCAUCCAGCACUCCUUGCGAGUCCGAGUCGAAGCACGCUUCCACUGCCGCUGCUACCCCUACCCCCAACGCUCCCGUCUACGGCAACAACGUCCCCUCUUCCUCCGCAUCGAAGCCAUCCACCACCCCGGCUCCGUACAUCCCCGUCUAUGGCGGUAACCAGCCUUCAUCUUCCGCACCAGCCAAGGCGUCUAGCACUCCUUGCGAGUCGGACUUGAAGACUUCCACUGCUACCCCGGCACCAACUGCCACCCCAUACGUCCCGGUCUACGGCAACAACAAGCCUUCCUCCACCGUCCCUGCUGCAGCAUCUAGCACUCCCUGCGACGAGGAGACCAAGACUCCUGCUGCAACCCCGUACGCAUCCGCGCCUGCUUAUGGUAACGCUAAGCCUUCUCCUACCCCCGCUGCCCCCGUCUACAACAACAACAACAGCAACGGCGGCUACGGUGGCGACAACAAGCCUUCUCCUACACCUGCUGUGCCAGCCCACACUGCUGCCGCGGCUGGUGGUUAUGGAUACGCUAAGCGUGACAACAUGAUGGAGCGCCGCAAGCGCGCUGCUGUGUUGUAAAUCUUGCGCAGCGUUGUGUUUCCUUUUCUCGUUUGUAUUAGUGAAGAUGGAGCUGUGGAGUUUAGCGUAGAAUAAAAUAGCGGAUCAUAAUAUGAGGGAUAUUGAUCAUGAUUCGAA